CUCCCUCAGCCUUCCCUUCUCCAAGAAAGAUCUCUCAUUGCUCAGUCUCAGCUCACAGCCAGUCCCUGCACCGACCCUCUCCUCAUUGUCGCUCGCGAAACAAUGGCUUCUUCUUCUUCUUCUUCCAGCGCCCGAAGCAGCCGCAUAGCCACGUGCCUCGUUCUGGUUCUCCUGGUCGUCAGCCUCAGAGAAGCCUCCGCCGGGCGCCCGCUCCGGCCGGCCCGCGACGUGUCCAGUGAUAGCGAGCUGAAGGACCAGGCGAUCGUCGACAAGUAUGCGCCACUUCUGCCCACCAUGCUGCCGAGGGGCCUGGCGCCUCCGUCCGCCCCGAGCGGCGGCACCAACGAGGCCGGGAACUGAUUAAGCUGUCGAAUUACAAAAAUUCGUUAGGCAUAAAUAGUUUUACAGGAUUGUUUGAGUGGUAAACGGACAUAUAGUGUAGGCCUCCAAAAGUAUACCUUCAUUCUUUCGUUUGUCCCUUGAAGAAUUUGAUUGAAAGAGUUCUGUUUU